AUGGAAGAGAUGAGAGACAGUUACCUAGAGGAGGAUGUUUACCAGCUGCAGGAGCUUCGGCGAGAGCUGGACCGUGCUAAUAAAAACUGCCGAAUCCUGCAGUACCGCCUCAGGAAAGCAGAGCAGAAGAGUCUGAAAGUGGCUGAGACUGGUCAGGUGGAUGGCGAGCUCAUCCGGAGUCUGGAGCAGGAUUUAAAGGUAGCCAAAGAUGUAUCUGUUAGAUUGCACCACGAACUUGAAACCGUGGAGGAAAAGCGUGCUAAAGCUGAAGAUGAAAACGAAAGUCUCCGACAGCAGAUGAUUGAAGUGGAAAUAUCCAAGCAGGCCCUCCAAAAUGAGCUGGAGAGACUGAAAGAGAGUUCCCUGAAAAGAAGAGGCAGCCGGGAAACGUACAAAGAAAAGAAAACCUUGAACCAGGAUGACAGUGCCGAUUUGAAGUGCCAGCUUCAGUUUGCCAAAGAGGAAGGCUCCCUGAUGCGUAAAAAGAUGGCCAAGCUGGGGAGGGAGAAGGACGAGCUGGAACAGGAGCUCCAGAAGUACAAGGCCGUCUACGGUGACGUGGACAGCCCUCUCCCCACGGGGGAAGCGGGCGGGCCGCCCAGCACCAGGGAGGCCGAGCUGAAGCUGCGACUCAAGUUGGUUGAGGAAGAAGCCAACAUCUUAGGCCGCAAGAUCGUGGAGCUGGAGGUGGAGAACCGAGGCCUCAAAGCAGAAAUGGAGGACCUGCGGGUCCAGUAUGAGCGAGAGGGUGCGGGCCGGGACCACGCCCCAAGCAUUCCUACCUCACCCUUCGGCGACUCCCUGGAGUCCUCGACGGAGCUCCGCAGGCACCUGCAGUUUGUGCAGGAGGAAGCGGAGCUGCUCCGGAGGUCCAUAUCCGAGAUCGAAGACCACAACCGGCAGCUGACCCAUGAGCUGAGCAAGGUCAAGUUUGAGCCCCGGCCGGAGCCCGGGUGGCUGGCGGACGGCACAGGCAAGGGCGUGGGCAGCGGGGCACCUCUGCAGGAGGAGCUGAAGUCAGCCCGGCUGCAGAUCAACGAGCUAAGCGGGAAGGUGCUGAAACUGCAGUAUGAGAACCGGGUGCUCCUGUCCAACGUGCAGCGCUACGACCUGGCCGCCCACCUGGGCCUGCGUGCCCCAAGCCCCCGGGACAGUGACGCGGACAGCGACCAGGGCAAGAAGGAGAGCGACGGGGAGGAAGGCCGCCAGCCCCAGCCCAAACGGGAAGGCCCUAUCGGCGGCGAGAGCGACUCAGAGGACAUGUGCGAGAAGACGUCGGGCUUUGGCAGCGGGAAGCCGUCAGAGGCGAGCGAUCCGUGUCCAGCCGAGCUCCUGAGGGCCAGGGAGGACACCGAGUGCCUGGCGAGCAUAAAGCACGAGGCCGAGCGCCUCGAGCGGACCGUGGAGCGCCUCAUCACAGACACCGCCGGCUUCGGGGACGACGUGGGGCUGCAGGGCGGUGGCGAGGCCUCGCCGGGGUCUGGCAUCCAGGGGGCAGGGGAGAUGGGCGAGGGGGGCAGGAAGGAGCCCCCGCUGCUGGGGACCAUCAACUCGAGGAUGAAGGCUUUCAGGAAGGAGCUGCAGGCCUUCCUGGAGCAGGUGAACCGGAUCGGGGACGGCCUGAGGGAGCGCCUGGAGGGCCUGUCCCCCCUGCCCCACCUCACGGAGUCUUCCAGCUUUCUCUCCACUGUGACCUCUGUAUCCCGGGACUCCCCCGUCGGGAACCUGGGCAAGGAGCUGGUCCCGGACCUGCAGUCCAAACUGAGAGGUCAGCCGGAGUGGCAGCCGGGUCAGGAACGCGGGGAAGAGCCGGAACAGCUGCACCGCCGGGCUGAUGGGGACGCUGGGAGCUGCCAGCAGGCAGGCCAGAGCUACUUCAGUCUAGAGCUCAGGGGCCCCCCUGUUUUACCUGAACAGAGUGUAUCGCUAGAAGAGCUGCAGGGUCAGCUUGCACAGGCGGCCAGACUGCAUCAAGAGGAGACAGAGAAAUUUACAGACAGGAUUCGUAAGAUGGAGGAGGAGCACCUCUACGCCUUGAGGUGGAAAGAGCUAGAAAUGCACAGCCUGGCUUUGCAAAACACCCUCCAUGAGCGAACCUGGAGUGAUGAGAGAAAUCUGAUGCAGCAGGAGCUCCGUUCCUUGAAGCAGAACAUUUUCCUUUUCUACGUCAAACUCAGGUGGCUGCUGAAGCUCUGGCGGCAAGGGAAACAGAUGGAGGAGGAAGGCGAGGAUUUCACGGAGAGUGAGCAUCCAGAGACCCUCCCCAGGCUCGGUGAGCUUGGAGAGCAGGGAGACCCGAAGGGGGACAGCCCAGACCGGGACGACAAUGGUCCAGGCUGCGGCUUUUCGAUGGGAGAGCAUUCUCCACACACCCCUGUGCAGAUGGGUGACCACGGAUCGCGGCUGCAGCCUGCGCAUGGGGGGCAGCUCCACAAGCAGGUGGUGGAAAACCAGCAGCUGUUUGGUGCGCUCAAGACCCUGCUGGAGGACCUGCACGCGGAGCUGCGGGAGGACGAGCAUGCGCGGCGGCGGCUGCAGCAGCAGUACGCCAGCGACAAGGCCGCCUGGGACGUGCAGUGGGCGGCGCUCAAGUGCCGCCUGGAACAGCUGGAAGAGAAGACGGAGAAGAACUUGGGAGAACCAGGCUCUUCCGCCGACAGCAAAGGGGCCUUCAAGAAGGAGAGGGAGACGCACCAGAAGCUCCUCGCCGACAGUCACGGCCUGGUUAUGGACCUGCGUUGGCAGAUCCAUCACAGCGAGAAGAACUGGAACCGGGAGAAGGUGGAGCUUCUUGACCGUCUAGACCGAGACCGGCAGGAGUGGGAGCGGCAGAAGAAGGAGCUCUUGUGGAGAAUAGAACAGUUGCAGAAAGAAAACAGCCCCCGGAGAAGUGGCAGCUUCCUCUGUGAUCCAAAAGAAGGCAACAUCCGCCCCUUUGCCCACCCGGGAAGCCCCCGUAUGCCCCGUCCCUUGGGGAUGUGGCCCUGCGCAGACACAGACUCUACCCCAUUUGAAGACCGGCCGCUGUCCAAGCUGAAGGAAUCGGACAGGUGUUCAGCACGGGAAAAUCUCUACUUGGACGCCUUGUCCCUGGAUGACGAGCCAGAGGAGCCUCCGGCCCGCGGGCCCCAGCGGGAGUUCAGGAACUGCCUCCCCCAGGAAGAAGAAAAUCACAAGGGAAAUCUUCAAAGGGCUGUGUCCGUGUCCUCCAUGUCCGAAUUCCAGCGUCUGAUGGAUGUCUCUCCCUUCCUGCCGGAGAAGGGCCUGCCGGCUGCUGGCAGCAAGGAGGAUGUCACCCCACCCCUCUCUCCUGACGACCUGAAGUACAUCGAGGAGUUCAACAGCAAGAGCUGGGACGAGAGGCCCCCGGAGCCCUGGGCAGACAGGACCGAGGGGGGGCGGGCAGGGGACGAGGCCGGCGCCGAGUCUUUUCCCGACUCCUCCUGGUACCUCACCACAAGCGUCACCAUGACCACAGACACCAUGACCAGCCCCGAGCACUGCCGGAAGCAGCCUCUGAGGAGCCACGUGUGCACCGAGCAGGCCGGGCUGCGGGUGCUGCAUAGCCCACCCGCGGUCCGGAGGAUGGACAGCAUCGCGGUGGCAGGCGGCGAGGGCAAGGGCCACUCGGAGCCCGAGUGCCCGUUUCCCACAAGCAGAGCCAGGGGGGGCACUGGAGACUCAAAGGGGGGGCCCUCAGAACAUGUGCUUAGCAGGUGGCCUUGCGCCCCCUCCAGACACCCCCGAGACUACGUGGAGGGAGGGCUGCGCCCCCUCGAGAGUGCCCUCUGCGCCCCCCUGGGUUUUGCGUCCCCCCUGCACGGCCUACAGAUGUCCAAGAACAUGAGUGAUGACAUGAAGGAGGUGGCCUUCUCCGUCAGGAACGCCAUAUGCUCUGGUCCCCCCAAGCCUCCUCUCAAGGACAUGGCCUGCCAGACCAACGGGUCCCGGACGACAGGGACACAGACCGUCCAGACCAUCAACAUCGGCCUGCAGACCGAAGCCCUGCGUGGCAGCACCAUCACCAGCAGCCCCCACAAGUGUCUCACGCCAAAGGCGGGGGGUGGUGCCACGCCCGCGUCGUCUCCUUCCCGCGGCCUUAGGAGCAGGCAGGUGGCCCCUGCCAUCGAGAAGGUGCAGGCCAAGUUCGAACGCACAUGCUGUUCCCCCAAGUACGGGUCUCCCAAGCUGCAGAGGAAGCCCCUCCCCAAAGCUGAGCAGCCAAAUAGCAGGACCUCCCUGGGGAUGGCCCAGAAAGGGUGCAGCGGGUCAGCCUGGGCCCGCUCCACCACCACAAGGGAGAGCCCCGUGCACACCGCCAUCAACGAUGGCCUCUCCAGCCUCUUCAACAUCAUCGACCACAGCCCCGUGGUGCAGGACCCCUUCCAGAAGGGGACGCGGGCCGGCAGUCGGUCUCGCUCAGCAGAACCUCGGCCAGAGCUGGGCCCAGGCCAGGACACCGGCCCCGAUUCCCGGGGACGGUCCCCGAGCCCCAUCGGGGCUGGCUCAGAGACGUGGAGGGAGGACGGGGGAGAGGGCACGCCCUUGAGGCAGGACUUAUCCGCUCCCCCUGGCUACACACUCACCGAGAACGUAGCCCGGAUCCUCCACAAGAAGCUGUUGGAGCAUGCCUUAAAAGAGGAGAGGAGACAGGCCCCCCACGGGCCCCCAGGUCUUAACAGUGACAGCCACAUGGGAGACACGGUCAAAGCUGAACCAGGGUCCAUCGAGAACCAAACUGUCUUACUAACUGCCCCCUGGGGACUCUAG